GCGACACUAAAGCAGAGCAAUCUCUCUGGUCAAUGGCCAAGAUCCAGCCUCUCGCUGCCGCCGCCUCGCUGUGUUCCUCCGAUGAUCACCGGAGCCAGCAGGGCAGGCAGCUGGCGUACACGGUGUGGAUGAAGUCGCUCGUGUUCAACGGCAACGGCUGCACGGUGUACGACCCCGACGGCGCCGUCGCCUUCCGCGUCGACAACUACGGCUGCAGGGGCGGCCGCGAGGUCUUCUUCAUGGACCGUCAGGGGAACGCACUCAUCAGGAUCAGACGCAAGGGCUUCGGCAUGUUCAGAAGGUGGGAGGUCUGUCGCUGCGCCCACAACGGCGGCCAGGAAGAGGAGGCCACGCCGUGGUUCACCGUGCGGCGGGCCGAGAAGGGCGGGGCCACCAUGGCGAUGCACGGCGGCGCCGGGACGUGCUACACGAUCGACGGGUGCUCUGCCCGCAAGUCGGAGUACAGAGUACGUGGCGUGGAUGGCGCGGUGGUGGCGGAGGUCGCACGGAAGCAGACGGCGGCGGGGGUGGUGCUCGGGGAGGACGUGCUGACGCUGAAGGUGGCGCCGGAGGUGGAUCACCUGCUCUUCCUGGGUUUGGUCGUCGUGCGUGGCCUCAUCAACCGCUCCUUGUGAUGGAUGGAUGAAAUGGCAAUCCUCUUCUUCUCUUGCUAGGAACGUAGUACAUGAUGAGAGACCUGUAGGCGGUUCAUGUGACAGCUUUUUUUCAGACAAACAAUUUAGGAAGUUUUUGCCCGAACUGAAGACAUUGUGACUCUUUUUGGUGCAAUGUUUUUACGCUUUCUCAAAGGGUUUUCAAUACCAAAAUCUUAACACAAAGAAUUUAUACAAGGUUGUUCACUGAUUGUAUAAAUAUUGAGAUUUUUGGUGAAACUUGGGAAAAAGAUAGAAGAACUAUCGACAAAGUUUGAGAGGCAGGGUACGUGAGGAGAGAGAGAAGCGUGAGAGACUGAGGCAAAAAAAAGAUACGUGAGAGAGAUAUAUAGCAUAAUUGGUUUGCUACCAACAUUUGGCAUUGCCAAUAUUUGGCAAGCUAACAUUUGGCAAAAUCAGAAGUUGCCAACAUUUGGCAACUUCUUCUGAGAUUGGCAAUGAAAAUUGGCAAGCAACCAAUCUCUAGUCAAUAUUUGGCAGUUGCCAAAAUUUGGCAUGCCAAAUUUUGGCAUCAAACCAAUUAUGCUCUACAUACAUGAGAAGUUGAGGCGUGAGAGAUUUUAAAACAAAAAAAAAAGUAUGAAGACUCGUGUUCGUAUCCAUGGAAAAGAAACUAUCAUAACGAAUAGAA